UAGAGUAUAUUGGUGUUAUCUGUCGCUCCUCAAGGUGGCAAACCAAGGAGAACAAGAAGAGUCCAAGGCCAAUGAGCCUGAGGGAAUCAAUUUAGUGGUUGAUGACGUCUACAAUUUUGAAGACGACCCUGUGGUCGGUCGGUUCAAUAGGUUUGGCACGGAGAUGUCAGCCAUGGUCUCCGCCUUGACACAGGUUGUUUCUGGUCGCUCUCAGACUGAAACUGAAGGGGCACACUCUUCAUCCUCGUCGGCUGGACAUAGGAGAGGAUGGCUUGGAAUCGAUUCUGCUCCUAUUCUCUCAUCAUUCGCUCCACUAGAAUCUUCACUUGGUCCGAUCGAAGAACCCACAAGUAAGGCAGUACCAGAGGAAGCAAGGGAGAAAAGAAGGAGAUACAGGGGAGUAAGGCAGAGACCAUGGGGAAAAUGGGCAGCUGAGAUACGCGAUCCACAUAAAGCCGCUAGGGUGUGGCUUGGGACGUUUGAUACAGCUGAGGCCGCCGCAAGAGCCUACGACGAGGCUGCACUUAGGUUCCGUGGAAAUAAAGCAAAGCUUAAUUUCCCGGAGGAUGUAAGGCUUCUUCCUCAUCCUCCUCCUCCUCCUCCUCCUCCUCUUCUCUUCCCCGCUGACACGGUGGCGAAGAAAGCAGAAGAGGAUCUUAUAAAUUAUUGGAGUUACUCAAAGUUGUUGCAAAGUUCAGGCCAAGAGUCUUUUUUUGGGCAAGGACAAGAAGAGAGUAGCAACACAUUAGAACAUUCACCAAUGGAACAACCUCUGCGUCCUUCAAGUUCUGGUCCAAGUUCCUCUGAUUUUUCUGGACCUUCCUCUGCCUAAUACAUUUUUGUUUUUCAGUUUUAAUAAAGAUUAUCUGUAACGACGACGUAAGAAAAAACAUUUGAAUCCAUGCUAAAAGAAAAAGGAUUUUUCUUGUCU